CCUCUCUCUCUCUGUGCAGCAGCAGCAGCAGCAGAGGCAGCGAGCGACGGGGCCGGAGUGGGAAGAGGCGGCCAUUCGCCCUGGGCGAGAAGAAGAGAGCACUCUCCCAGCCGAGUCCCUUGUCUUUCUCCCCGUGCUCCCUCCUCCCCUCGGUCCCUCUCUCUCGGGGGGCAUUCAUUCAGCCACGCGGGCGCCCGCCUCACACGAGAAAGCGAUGCCUUCGGCCACUUCCACCAGCGCCAUGGCUGCCGCCACUACCACCACCACCAGCGGCGGCAAAGCGGCCAGCGAAGCAGCAGCAGCGCCAGCGAUAUCAGCAGCGCCCUCUGCCCCUGUCCCGGGCGGCAGCACGAGCUCGGUGCAGACGGAGGCCAUGAAGCAGAUCCUGGGCGUCAUCGACAAGAAGCUGCGCAACCUGGAGAAGAAGAAGGGCAAACUUGAUGAUUAUCAAGAUCGAAUGAACAAAGGAGAACGCCUUAACCAAGAUCAAUUGGAUGCUGUGUCCAAAUACCAAGAAGUCAGUAAUAACCUUGAAUUUGCUAAGGAAUUACAGAGAAGUUUCAUGGCUCUGAGUCAGGAUAUUCAAAAAACCAUAAAGAAGACAGCUCGACGAGAGCAACUAAUGAGAGAAGAAGCUGAACAAAAACGCUUAAAAACAGUACUUGAGUUGCAGUAUAUUUUGGACAAGUUGGGUGAUGACGAAGUGCGCAAUGACCUAAAACAAGGAACAAAUGGAGUACCAGUAUUAACAGAAGGAGAACUUACAACAUUAGAUGAGUUUUACAAACUGGUUGAACCUGAACGGGACAUGAAUGUGAGGUUGAAUGAACAGUAUGAACAGGCGUCAAUCCAUCUGUGGGACUUAUUGGAAGGGAAGGAAAAAACUGUAUGUGGAACAACCUAUAAAGCCCUAAGAGAACUUAUUGAACGCAUUCUUCAAACAAGUUACUUUGACAGUACUCACAACCAUCAGAAUGGAUUGUGUGAAGAGGAAGAGGCAACACCUACACCUGCAGUUGAAGAUCCUGUUGCAGAAGCUGAGCCAGAGACAACAGAAGACUACACUGAACCCAGUGAAGUUGAAUCAACAGAGUAUGUUAACAGACAGUUCAUGGCAGAGACUCAGUUCAGCAGUAGUGAGAAGGAACAGGUAGAUGAGUGGACAGUUGAAACUGUUGAGGUGGUAAAUUCACUGCAGCAACAACCACAGGCUACAUCUCCUCCAGUUCCAGAUGCCCAUACGCUUACUACUGUGACUCAAGCCGAUCCCCUUGUUAGGAGACAACGUGUGCAGGACCUUAUGGCACAAAUGCAGGGACCCUACAACUUCAUGCAGGACUCUAUGCUGGAAUUUGAGAACCAGGCACUUGACCCUGCCAUUGUUUCAGCCCAGCCUAUGAAUCCAGCACAAAACUUGGACAUACCACAAAUGGUUUGUUCUCCAGUUCACACUGAAUCCAGACUUGCACAGCCCACCCAAGUUCCUGUACAAACUGAAGCCACACAGGUCCCCUUGGUUUCUUCCACAAGUGAGGGAUAUACAGCAUCCCAGUCCCUGUAUCAGCCUUCUCAUUCAACAGAGCAGCGGCCUCAGAAAGAAUCAGACCAGAUUCAGGCUUCAAUAACUCUAAACGCAGAUCAAACACCAACUUCAUCACCACUACCAGCUGCAUCUCAGCCUCAGGUAUUUCAGGCUGCCUCUAGCAAACCUUUGCAUAGCAGUGGAAUCAAUGUUAACGCAGCUCCAUUCCAGUCCAUGCAGACAGUAUUUAACAUGAAUGCACCUGUUCCUCCUGUCAAUGAGCCAGAAACCCUAAAACAACAAAAUCAGUACCAGGCCAGUUACAGUCAGACUUUCUCCAAUCAGCCUCACCAAGUAGAACAAUCAGAACUUCAGCAAGAACAGCAGCUUCAGACAGUGGUUGGCACCUACCAUGGUUCCCCGGACCAGUCCCAUCAAGUGGCAGGUAACCACCAACAGCCUCCACAACAGAAUACUGGGUUCCCACGUAACAGUCAGCCUUAUUAUAACAGCCGGGGAGUGUCUCGUGGUGGAUCACGCGGCACUCGAGGCUUAAUGAAUGGAUACAGGGGACCAGCCAAUGGGUUUAGAGGAGGGUAUGAUGGCUACCGCCCUUCAUUUUCCAACAAUCCAAACAGUGGUUACACACAGGCACAAUUUAAUGCUCCUCGGGACUAUUCCAACUACCAGCGGGAUGGAUACCAACAGAAUUUCAAGCGUGGCUCUGGGCAAAGUGGUCCUCGAGGAGCCCCUCGAGGUCGUGGAGGGCCCCCAAGACCCAACAGAGGGAUGCCUCAAAUGAAUGCUCAGCAAGUGAAUUAAUCUAACAGGAUUACAUUUAAACGCCAAAAACACACUGGCCAGUGUACCAUACAUGUUACCAGAAGAGUUAUCUCUUUCUUCCCCUUUAUAGGAAAUUCAUAGUAAAGGGAUUAUUUUCAUUGCCCAUAAAAGACAAGACUACAGUUGUCAGCUUUAUAUUUCUGGAAUAUCGAAAGAAACGGCGUUUACUCUGCAUGUUCUGUCCUAAGUAUCAUCUUGAGCCUUGCACAUGAGAUCCAGAAUUUUUACCCUAGCUCUGAUUAAAAGCAAAAAUGGCAGUGUCAGGGUGACGUCAGACUCCAUAGCUAACAACUUGACUGAUUCCAUUGACAUUAUAUAGCGCUGCAGCAAAUUUGGAUAAAGAAAUUUAUAAAACCCUAAACGUUUUAUUCAGACAAUUGGUAUGUUCAGACUUUCACAGAAAGGAAGAUGGAAGAAGUAAAGUGUGGUUUAACAGAACAGCUACAUUUCUGCUUUUUCUAUUAGACUGAAGCACUGAUCAUUUUACAAUGCAUAAUCUAUGCUUAUACUCCUCUAAUUAAAUAAUAAGCUGAUGAACAGCUUACACGCACCCCUUGUUACAGCAUUUUCCUAUUAGGUCUGAACUGCUGUUGCAAAGGGGUACACUAUUUCAUGUAAUUGUUGAUAUUGUGUAAACCCAAAAUUAGGCUUUGAUUGGCACUUUAAAUUUUUCUGUUAAGAAAUAGAGGAUGUAAUCUGGCUGGCCACUUGUGUUUUCAAUGUGAAGUGUUAAACAAGCUCUCUCAAACACAUUUCUUGGAUAGCAAUGGCAUUUGUAAGGACUGGUGUUCUCUAUCUUUCCUUAUGACUCGUUCAUUGCCUGUCACUAAUACUUGAUCUUGUUGUAUUGUCACCUAAAUAAUUGAUGCUGGUACUGAUGGGAAUUAAUAUUCAUAUUACUUUUGGUCAUUUUUUUUUCUUCUGCAGCCUAAAGGUUUUAAGCAAUUUUAAUUUCCUCCUCCUCCUUUUGCUGCUGCCGCUGCCGCCACUGACCUUUUAAAUUGCUCUCUUUUGAAAAGCACCAGUACAUGUUUGAAUUGGUUUCCCCUUUUAAGGGAAAUUACAGCCAGCAGUUACAGAUCUAAGCAAAAUAAAUAAAACAUGUUUAUUAAAAAAAAAAGGCUGUAUUCUUUAACACAUCUACACUGGCUAAUGCAGAUAGAAACUUGACAUGCAUUCCUUGGACUUCACUAUUAUGGGUGCUCAGAGAAAUUCAAACUGAGUGAGAAAGAAGAUAACCAUUGAGGAGGUGCAGUCGCUCUCUCUCUCCCCUUUCCCUGGCUUCAGCUGAACAUGGUUAAUGCUGACAGUUCUGUCCAUCUUCUUGGGGCUACAUACAAGAAUUCUUUAGGCAGCAGUUGGUACUGUCAGCAUGGCACAAAUGCUGGAUAUAGUUUGACCCUUUGAACAUUCUGGACAAGAGUUUCUGAAUUAGGAAUGUUUUUAGAAAAUCCUGCUUUUGUAUGCACAUUGCCCUUGCUGUAUCAGAGUGGUGGUCCUCUUACGCAAAGCAGUAUUGUUUCUGCUUGUUGAAUAUGUUUAAAAGAAGUGGGAUUAAAGAGUUGAUUAUUUUUAAUCUCAGUUUAGCAAAUCAGGUUCUGAAAAUUUGCACGAUCCAUCUGUAAAGGAGAGAAUCUUCAGCUUUCAUCAUGAGAACUAAUGUGAAUUUUUAUUUUGAGCAUGCCCUAUGCUGUAGUUGCUAAGUAAAAUGAUAAUAUGGUUUCUCUUAAUUCGAAAUCAAGCAGGCAGGAAUAGGUACGUGCUUUUUAAAAAAAGAAUAUAUACACCAGGGUAAUUUAAUUUAUGAUCAAGAGAAUCUACCAUGCUUAAAAUAAUGCAAAUAACUUAUCUGUUUGCUUACUACAUAAUGUCUCUCUUGCCUGUAGUUUAGAGGAACAGCAGCACAACAAAAUGUAGCCUACCUUUUGAAUGGUUAGAAAUACUGUUAAACUUCUGCUUGAGCUGUGAUUUCUUCUAAUUUUAUCCUUUAGCUUUCAAGGCCUUUAUGUGUUGCUCUAAAGAACUGAAACCCUUGCUUUCUUUAACACUGAAAAAACAUUCAGAUUCUCAAACUCUGAAUUUCUCCAGUGGCACAAAAUCCUAUGGUAUUAGGGUGAAAUUAACAGAUAAAAUUGGAGAUAAUUGGUUUGAAGAUUAUUGUGUCAGUCCAAUUUGGCUCUGUUUUCCUAAAUAUGAAAUAAUUGUUCUCCCCAAAUGAUCAACAUGAAAUAAUUUACUUAGCAACCAGUGCUAGUGGUAUUGAAAUCUUUCCCUUUGUGCAACAGCUUAAAUGAGUAUUUCAAACUGGAAAUUCUCACCCAUUGUUAAGAGUUUGGAGAAAUGUUUAGUAGUAUGUGAUGAGUGAUGGUUUUAAAAAGUCACAAUUCAGGCAACACUCUGAAAAAGAACUGACUGCCAGUCAUAAAAAUAGCAUGCUGUAGUUAUGAAAAAUUUUAAGUGCUUGAGGGUUUCCAGACUGUAACUCUAAUUUAUAUUUAAAAAGUAAAGAAAUUGGUCAAAUACCUAUCUGAAACUAAACCAACAGUCCUUACAAAACUCUGUAUAGCAAUUGGUUGAGAAAAUGUCAUCCAGAUGCUGGGCUGUAAAUUCAGUCAUACUCAGUAUAGACAGUGGUGGUUGGGAAUUACAGUCCAGUAUCUGGAGCACAUAAGUCCCCCAUCCCUGAUCUACAGUAAUGAGUUUAUAUACUGGUUAAUGUAUAUUGUGAAAGAAAGUUUUUGUGUUGCCCAUUUUGUAGUUGCAUUAUGUUAUCAACAGAAAUUCACAGUUCAGCUUUCAUCAUUUUGUUUCAUAUCUAUAUCUUUUAUAAUUUCCUAAGUAAAGCUGUAAAGCAUC